AUGCUCCUUGAGCUAGGAAUUGUCCUCCUCUUCCUCCCCUGCCACCAGUCAAUUUCAACCGACCACGCCGACUGGCGCCACCGCGAAUGGCGCAUCCGACCACAAGCUGAAGGGGAACAAAAGUGGGAAGAAGCCGGGCUGGAUUUUGCCGGAGACGAUCUCUACCCACGCGUCCUCUUCACCGAAUAUAUACGUGACCACAAGCAGCAGAUCUACGUGUGCCCCACCGGGACGGUGAUGUGCUACGUGUUCGCCGGGGAGGAGCCAGACCCGAAGAAGUACGGCUGCUACGAGGCGACGUCGGUUACGUGGAGACAAGUUGGAGUUAGGCACUGCCGCUGUGAGAAGAAGGCCGACGGCAAGCCGGUGGUGCGCGAGCCGAUGAACAAGGAGCUGUUCAAUAUAUAUGAGUCUCCCUGCCGCGAGCACCAAAUUGCCUGCAAUAAAUGGCAAGCGACGACCAAUACGACGACCGGCGGGAAAAUGGAACAGAGCCCACUGGGAUGCUACUCGGGGGCGAACCGCGUCCAUAACGCCGACACCGAUGGGAAUUACGGCUACAUACCACGGAAUUGUCCUUGUUACAUGAUCAACUACAACAUCUACAUGCGCAUCCUCGAGACGACGAUUAUGGCAAACCGCGUCUGCCCUGUCCUCGGCUUCAGCGACCUGUACGACGCGUACUCGGGCACAUGCACGGGCAUGGAGAACAAGACACCCAACCCCUCCCAGGUCGCCUUCACCGAGCUGUACCUACGCCCUGAUGAUGGCAAAUGGGAGCGUAUCAACUACGCCUGUCCCGACGGCAACGUCUUCUGCGCGUUCGACGACUUCUACGCGUGCUUCCGGGGCGUCCAACGAACCUCCGACACCGGAUGCGAAUGCAAGGGCACUUCUGCCGCCAAUCUAGCGGGAUACGCCAGUCCCUACAUCGUCGAGGCCCUCAAGUGGUACAGCAAGGAGCGCCUCGACCGCGGCGAGGAGACGGGGAUCUGUGGUGGCGAGACCGAGCGGUCGUUGUGGUAUCCGGAUCCGCCGCGUUUCGUCUACUGCUCGGCGUCGAGCUUCCUCUACGACGAGCAGUUCGGAUGCGGGGAGACAAUUCCGGAGCCGCUAACCGGACCCGGGCUGAGCCCCCGAGUCGCCGUGCGCGAGCAGAUAUACUGGAACGGAAGAAGGCAUGACGUCAUCUACGCGUGCGAAAAGCCGAAUGAGUAUUACUGCGCUAACUGGGGCCGCGGCCACAAGCGACAGCCUGGCUGCUACACCGGCGUCAAGUACGAGGACGAGAAGCAUUGCACUUGUGUUCCAUCCGAUGGCUCGGCCUCGGACGACGGCUACGUGCCGAACUAUGACAGCGCCUACAUCGAGGUGCUGCGCGACAAAAUCAUCAACCAGGAAUCUCAAGAGCCGAAGCCCGGCCACUGUGGCUUGACCGCCUUCUGGGAUCGCCCCGACAAUCUACACUUUCACCAAAUAAUUGAUUCCCGCGGCGCCAUCUGCAGCGCCCUCUACAAGCGCAAGGCGGGCGUCAUCCCACCCGAAAGCACCGACGUCGCCAGGUCGAGCGGGACCGACGAGCGCAGACGGCUAGCCGCCGCUCGCAGGGCUGAGGUUGCUCAGCAGGCGAUUAACGAACGUCUCCACAUGGUACUCUUCUUCCACGGCAUCCUUCUGCCCAUCUGCGUCGCCAUUACGGCCCUCGUCUACUGGCUGUACAGGCUGGAGUACAAGUUCUGCUCGCUGCAACAGAUGGAGCAAGAGAAGCUGGCCAACUGUCCACUCGUGCCCGAUGAACCCAACUACCUCCGCCGCGUCAUCUUCACCAAGCAAGCCUCGGCCGAUGAACCGGUAUUGGUUGUGCUGUGCCCCCCGCGAUCUGUUGCCUGCUUCAGCCUAGAUGGGGAAGUCAACCUGUGGUACGCCGGCUGCUACCACUACCAGACCAUCGAGUGGAAGCAGACGGACGAGCAGCACUGCACCUGCCGCCGCUACCCGACCGUCCGUGCCGACCUCGUCAAGAACUUCCACCACGUCCUCGUCGAGAUCGUCAAGGCCCCGAGGGUAUCACUGCUUCGU